AUGAAUUACUGCCAGUACGGCAAUGCAGAAUCAACAUUCCCAGAUCUACACACGGGCAUAUCACAGGCAUACAGAAUUGACCUCAGAUUAGAGGAAUACAGCAUUGACCUAAGAUCAGAUGCAUACAACAUUGACCUAAGAUCACAGGCAUACAGCAUUGACCUAAGAUCAGAGGCAUACAACAUUGACCUAAGAUCAGAGGCAUAUAACACUGACUUUAAAGCAAACAGCAUUGACCUAAGAUCAAAGGCAUACAGAUUUGACCUAAGAUCAGAGGCAUACAGCAUUGACCUAAGAGCAGAGGCAUACAACAUUAACCUCAGAUCAAAGGCAUACAGCAUUGACCAAAGACCAGAGGAAUACAGCAUUGACUUAAGAUCAGAGGCAUACAACAUUAACCUAAGACCAGAGGCAUACAACAUUAACCUAAGAUCAGAGGCAUACAGCAUUGACCUAAGAUCAGAGGCAUACAACAUUGACCUAAGAUCAGAGGCAUAUAACACUGACUUUAAAACAAACAGCAUUGACCUAAGAUCAAAGGCAUACAGAUUUGACCUAAGAUCAGAGGCUUACAGCAAUGACCUAAGAGUAGAGGCAUACAACAUUAACCUCAGAUCAAAGGCAUACAGCAUUGACCAAAGACCAGACGCAUACAGCAUUGACCUAAAAUCAGAGGCAUACAGCAUUGACCUAAGAUCAGAGGCAUACUGCAUUGACUUAAGAUCAGAGGCAUACAACAUUAACCUAGGAUCAGAGGCAUUCAACAUUGACCUUAGAUCAGAGGAAUACAACAUUGACUUAAGAUUAAAGGCAUACAGCAUUGACCUAAGAUCAAAGGCAUACAGCAUUGACCUAAAAUCAGAGGCAUACAGCAUUGACCUAAGAUCAGAGGCAUACAGCAUUGACUUAAGAUCAGAGGCAUACAACAUUAACCUAAGAUCAGAGGCAUACAACAUUGACUUUAGAUUAAAGGCAUACAGCAUUGACCUAAGAUCAGAGGCAUACAGCAUUGAUCUAAGUUCAGAGGCAUACAGCAUUGCAUUAAGAUCAGAGGCAUACAGCAUUGACAACCAGUUCUGUUAA